CGGCAGAAGCCAGCAGGGAGCUAGUUAAAGGGCUGGCAGAGACCCAGGUGGCAAUAGGACAGUACUGUACCUAGGCGAAUUUGAGCCCCUACAAGAACAUCUGGCCCCUCUGAGAAAAGAGAGAGAAGCAGCCAAAGCUGAGGUGCAGUGGCAAAGCGAGGAGCUGCUGAACCGGACGGAAGCCGAGCGGCAGAAGCUGGUCGGGGCGUGGAAGGCCCUGCAAGGGUUUCUGGAGGAGCAAGUGCAGCUGCUGCUGUCCGGGCUGGAAGAGCUGGAGCGAGCCAUUGUCCAGAGGCGGGAUGAGAGGUUCUGCAGACUGUUCUGGGAAACUUCCCUGCUCAGAGAGAGGGGAGGAGAGAAGGGGCAGCAGCCGCUGAGCCAGCCCCUGCAGGGCACUGGCAGUGCUGGGGGCAGCCGGGAGGAUGGGACGCUUUGGGAGGCAGAGCCGGAGCCGGGCUUUGCGGAGCUGGAGCAGAGACUCAGCGAUUUCUCUCUGACAAGUGCCCGCCUGCAGGAGGUGCUGCUGGGAUUCAGAGAGACCCUGCACCUGGAGCUGGGGAGUGACACAGGCUGCAGAAUUACAUCCAUGUGUCCCUCCCUCUUCUCCCAGCCUGGCCAGGGAAGGGAGAUGGCGGCGGCCGAGCUGGCUCAGGGGCUGGUGACCUUUGAGGAGGUGGCUGUGCAUUUCACCAGGGCCGAGUGGGCUCUGCUGGACCCCGCUCAGAGAGCCCUCUACAGAGCCGUCAUGCAGGAGAACUACGAGAACGUGACCUCGCUGGAGUUUCCAGUUUUCAAGGCUGACGUGGUUGCCCAUUUGAAGCAAGAGAGUGAGAAGUGGACCCCAGAGAUCCAAGAUUCAGAUGAAAGGUUUACAGACCCCUGCAAAGUUUUCAAGACUGAUGUGAUCGCCCUUUUGAAGCCAGAGAAUGAAACAUGGGCUCCAGAGAUCCAUGAGUCAGAGGAAGGAGAAUGGUUCAAAGGUGCCUGCGCAGCAGGUAAUGGGGCAAUGAAUGAGACCGAAGAGAAAAAACCUCCCCGGGAAGAUGAUGAGUAUGUGGAACCAUGUGGGACUUUAUUGCGAAUGUGCCAAGAGGAUGUCUUCAGCAGUCACGCAUCAGGAAAAGGCUGUGAGAGUCCGCACAGGCCAGAGAGGAGCCAGGGAAACAAGCCAGGGGAGAUACUGAAUAGCUCCAUUCAUUGUUGGGGACCUCACAAGUACCUUGAGAAAACCACACCCCAGCAGAAAAGUCACACAGUAAGGAGAAACUACAUAUGUAGUGAGUGUGGGAAAAACUUCAGUAGGCGCUCAAACCUUAAUAAACAUCGGAAGCUCCACACAAGAGAAAGACCCUAUGAGUGCUGUGAGUGUGGGAAAAGCUUCAGUUGGCACUCAAAACUUAUUACGCAUGAGAGAAUCCACACAGGAGAGAAACCCUAUGAGUGCUAUGAGUGCGGGAAAAAAUUUGUUGAGAGCACAACGCUUAGGAAACACCUGAGAGUCCACCAAGAAGACAGAUGUUAUGAAUGCUGUGAGUGUGGGAAAAACUUCACUCAGAAUGCAGACCUCAUAGCACAUGAGAGGAUCCAUACUGGAGAGAGAACCUAUGAGUUUGCAGGUGAUGGGGUGAUGAAUGAGAUCGAAGAGAAGAAACCUCUCCAGGAAGAUGAUGAGUUUUUGGAAACAUGUGGGACUUUAUUGCAAAUAUGCCAAGAGGAUGUCUCCAGUGGUCACAUGCCAGGAAAAGUCUGUGAGAGCCCACAGAGGAGGCAGGGAAACAAGCCUGGAGAGAUAUCUAAUACCUCCAUUCAUUGUUGGGGACCUCAUAAGUACCUUGAUGAAACUACACCCCAACAGAAAAGUCACACAGUAAGGAGAAACAACAUAUGCAGUGAGUGUGGGAAAAACUUUAGUAAACGCUCAAACCUUAAUAAACAUUGGAAGAUCCACACAGGAGAAAGACCCUAUGAGUGCUGUGAGUGUGGGAAAAGCUUCAGUUGGCGCUCAAAACUUAUUACACAUGAGAGAAUCCACACAGGAGAGAAACCCUAUGAGUGCUAUGAGUGCGGGAAAAAAUUUGUUGAGAGCUCAACGCUUAGGAAACAUCUGCGAGUCCACCAGGAAGACAGACGUUAUGAAUGCUGCGAGUGUGGGAAAAACUUCACUCAGAAUGCAGACCUCGUUGCACAUGAGAGAAUCCACACUGGAGAGAGAACCUAUGAGUGUGCAGGUGAUGGAGCGAUGAAUGAGACCGAAGAGAGGAAACCUCCCCGGGAAGAUGAUGAGUACGUGGAACCACGUAGGGCUUUAUUGCAAAUGUGCCAAGACGAUGUCUGCAGCAGUCACGCACUGGGAAAAGGCUGUGGGAGUCCACACAGACCUCAGAAGAGGCAGCAAAACAAGCCAGGGGAGAUACCGAAUAGCUCCAUUCAUUGUUGGGAACCUCAUAACUACCUUGAGGAAACCACAGCCCAGCAGAGAAGUCACACAGGAAAGAGAAACAACACGUGCAAUGAGUGUGGAAAAAACUUCAGUAAACGCUCAAACCUUAAUAAACAUCAGCGGAUCCACACAGGAGAAAGACCCUAUGAGUGCUCCUGCCCUUCUUUGGAAUGAACGCGGAGCUCCCUUCUAUCAAUUCCUUUAUUUUCUGAGUUAUGGAAGCAUGUGACCCUCCCGCCAUGAGCUCCAGGAGACGGGGUGAUCCAAACUAGCUGCACUCAGAUAAAAUUUCCUGGGCCUCGUCACCGUUUGGAUUUUCUAUGGCCUUAAGUAACUUGAUGGAAAACUGCAACUGUACUUGCAGUGAAGACAUAGGCCAUGUCUAGGAUCUAGUUCAUUUACUUUUAACCGCCCAACCACUCCAUCAGUUUUAAUUGUCUGAACAAAACUGGAACAUGUCAUUUCUACUGUUUCUCCCCCUACAAAGUAAUUGGUGGAGUCAUCAAGUUCCUGUUCUCAUAUUGCCGUACUUUGUGCUGAACAGCCAGGAAGUUUUGUACCAUUUUCUCAACUUAAAAUAUAUUGAAUUGUAGCAAAUUCUAUGGUAUCCAAAGACAAUGUGAUGUUUUGGAGGGAUUCCUUCCUUUCCCAGCAUCCCAGCAGGGAUGGUCUAGAUGGUACUUGGUCCUGCCGGGAGUGCAGGGGACUGGACUCGACCUCUCAAGGCCCCUUCCAGUUUUAUGAUUCUAUGAUUAUGGAGAUGCUAAAACUUUUCUAAAGAACAUGACUGAAAUUGUGAGACAGCAUUGCGUGAAACCGGUUUCAAGGGAUGGUAGGAGAAGAUGAUGGGAAAAUCUGUCCUGUUUUUGAAUCAUCAGAUUAGGGCAAGUAGCAAUGCAGCAAGGGAGGUCUAGGUUGGACAUUAGGAAAAACUUCCUAACUGGCAGGAAAGUUAAACACUGGAAUAAUUUACAUAGUGAGGUUGUAGGAUCUCCAUCAAUAGGAUAUUUUUAAGAGUCAGUUAGACAAACAACCUGUCAGGGAUGGUUUAGAUGGUGCAUAGUCCUGCUGUGAGUGCAGGGACUGGAUUUGAGUACUUCUCAAGGUUCCUUCCAGUUCUAGUAUUCUAUGAUUCCGUUUAACCUGCUCUGGAAUUUAAUUUUCUGAGGCAUUGUCUACACUAGGACUUUACAUCAAAUUUAGCUGCAUAUGGUUGAUUUUCUAAAUGAUGUGUCCACACUACCAAGCCUGUCACGUUGACUUUAAGGGCCACUGAGGUCGAUUUCAGUACUCCUGCUUUUCAUGAGGAGUAACUUUAUUUCCAACUUUGCAUGGUUGAGUUUACGGUAGUGUAGAUGCAGCAUUGGCAGUUGAGGUUAUUGGCCUCUGGGAGGCCUCCUGCAGUUUCCUGCUCUGACCCCUCUGGCCAGAACUUGUGCCUCUGCUUCGCUCCAGGUGAGCAGAAAAAGCCCCAGGAAAAGUUGAAUUGCUUUUCCUGUAUGGCCAGUGUUGGGAACACAACUCAGAGAGAGCAGCACACCACACCACAUAUGAACAUGACUUCAACCAAUUAUGGUAACACUACAAUGAGUUCAAAUACUUCUGCUCCCAUGGGAGCCUUGAUAGCAGCCUUCAACUUCCUGAAGGGAGGU